AUGACAGAGACUCCAACUCUACCAGUAGCGUUCUUCUCGCCGGCCGCUUCUCUCCCCCUACCCACCCGACUGCGUUGGUACAUGUGUGUCGUGGUAACGCUCUCCUCACUCAACUACCCCGAUGUAAUCCCCCAAGUCUACGCCCAGCUCGACAGCCAGCUCCUGUCACAGCUCUCACCAGAGGACCGCUUCAGCGCCGUACGCAAGCUCCGCGAGGGCCUCAUCAAGUCAACUGGUAUCGCCGGCGCCGCACGCACCGGCAACGCGAUGCGCACGCUCGCCAGCUGCAUCCCGGAAGAUCUGCAGGAGAAGACGUCGCUGCGUUUGCAGGAGGCGGACGAUGUCGCCCGCGAGCGAGGCAAGGCGUUCUGGUCGAGGAUAUAUGCUCGUAAUGAGGCGUUUGAUCCGGGGGCGUCGGUUCGUGCGAGUCCGGAUUAUGCGUUUGUUGUUAGAGAGGUCCUUUAUGCCCGCAUCUUCUCCUUUGAUGCUGUCAUUGACGAUUUGUUGACGGGGUAUGUCAUCGUCUCGGCGCUCUACGGAAUGGAUUGUCCCAACCAGCUGCAGAACCAUAUGAAAGGGAUGUUGAUCAAUGGGGCUACAAGGGAGGAUCUGGAGGAACUCCGCGAUCUUUCUUUAGGUCUGGCAAAGGUACUCGGAGUGCGAUCUAGGUACCCUCCGCCGUUGAUCCCAGAGAAGCCGGAAGACGGGGAGUCAUAA